GCCACCCUAAAAAGAAAGUCCCUUCAUUUCUAACAUUAUUGAUUAUGACAGUCUUGAAUCUUAAUUGAUUGAGACGUGAGAGCGAGGGAGGGAAGUAAAAAGAUGGUGUCAACCAGGAGAACGAGAACAAAGCAAAACAACACUAACACUAUUGCCAGUGAGAAUGUGAGCCAUUGUGUUAACAGUAACAAUGAAAGGAUUGUACAGAAGGGAAAUGGAGCGAGUUCAGGGGCAAUGUCAGGGUAUGAGCAGUUCAGGGACCAGAGGAUCAAAGAGAACAAGGAAAGAAUGCAGAAGUUGGGUCUUCUUGACCUUUCUCUUAAGCUCAAGGCACAGCUAGGCCGACCUAAGAAAACCCCAGGAAUUGUUUCUUCUGAAAAGAAACCCCAUACCCCUUUGCCUGUCUCUGCUUCCCCAAGACGCUCCUCCAGGUUGAAAAUCAUGGAUCCAAUUAAUUACAUGGAGAUACGGCCUACGAGAAAGAAGGAGACCUCUAUGGAUGUAGAGAUUCAAUUACGAGAAGGUUCACAGCCAGAAAUAUACACAGAAGAAGAUGAUAAUCUUUUGGGUGACCAUAAGACUACCUGGACUCUGAAUGUGGACGGAUGUGGCAAGGAUGGGAGGCGCGUCUAUGAUCCAGAGAUGGGAGAAACAUGCCAUCAAUGCAGGCAGAAAACUCUUGGUCUCCAUACCCAUUGCAGCAAAUGCAACUUGGUCCAGGGACAGUUUUGUGGAGAUUGCUUAUUCAUGAGAUAUGGAGAGAAUGUGAUUGAAGUCAACCAAAAUCCAAAUUGGAUUUGCCCUGUUUGUCGAGGAAUUUGUAACUGUAGUCUUUGCCGGCAUGCAAAAGGAUGGGCACCAACUGGGAAUCUCUAUCGAAAGGUUAUAAGGCUUGGCUUUAAAUCAGUUGCACACUAUCUCAUUCAAACACGUCGAGCUCAAACACACUCGGAAGACUCUGGUGCUGAAAGUUUGGUCUCUGAAGAGGGAGAACUGUCCUCAGCAGAUGAAGGAUCACGACCUGUCACCUGCAACAAAUCUGUAAAUGCAGAUGAGCACCGCCUUUCAAACAUAAUUGAAGUCCCCAUUCUUAAUGAAUGUCACAAUCCUCAUCCUGAUGGCUAUGAAGAAGAGGAAAAGCAAGUGAACAGCUCUGAUGGUAGCAGUGAUGGAUAUGAGGAUGCUGAUGGUGAUAACACUGCCAAUAAUGAUAACAAGUUGAAGGAAAAGAACGAAACCCUUGUGGUGCAGGAAGUUGGCGAUUCAAAGAUAUAGAUUGUCUCAAGAUAUAAGUGGAAUCAGCUUUUGUGCCAGUGUAGUUACUACUAGAAGACCUAGCAGAAUGAAACUUCUCCUUUUGAAGAUGAAAUUCCUAUGGCUUUGUAUACAAAGGAAGCAGUAUGUAUACAUUUUUGUGAACUUUCUAGCUUUUGUUGACAGAUUUGGCAAAUCUGUAACCUUUUGUUUGAACAUUUGGAAUGGUGAUGCUAUGCUGCGUAAGUGCGUAUUAGCAUCUCAUUCUGUGCAAGUAUAUCUUCUGCCAGUGAUGGUCUACCAAGUGCUGCUAAUGGAAAUGAAUUCAUAUCCUUACUGUAG